UUUGCAAGCUCCCCUCCGCCCCCACCCCAGUUUCCAACAUUGACUUUGAAGAGCGGCCUCAUUAAAGACGAAGACUGAAAGUUUUACGUAUGUUGGAAGACUUUCCCCGUCCACGCUGACUUGGAGGCAGGACUGAACAGGAGGGGUGAGAUUGCGCAAGGCUUUGAGUGGCUGGGGGGGAAGCCAAGGCAGGAGACCGGCCUCUGAAAGAGGUCCUGGGGUGGGAGGACGAGGAGGAGGAGGAGGAGGAGGAGGAGGUGCCUCCAGCCGUCCCCUGCACGCAGAUGGAGUCCACACUUUUGCUAAGGAGGAGACAGUCAGUUCGGAGCUCCUGCACGCUGUGACGACCAGGCGCGAAAACAUGACACGGUGCCGUGGAUGGAGAAGUCCAUCGGUGACCCGCGCGGCAGCGCACGCCCUUCCCGACCGGCCGCGCGCGCGCUCCUGCGCGUCACCCGGUGGGACUCGAUGGAGGAAUCGGAGGAAGCAGAGACCAGAGACGACGACCUCUGUGAUGACGGCGGAGGUGCUGCUGUGGGUGCUCCUGUUUCUAUUGCCUCUGGUCAACAGCGCUCACGUUAAAGCCGAUGCCGGUGCCGUUGGUGCGGGCGUGGACUCGGACCACAUGGCGGCCCUGCUGGGAGGCCAGGAGCAGCGACAACUUCCAGUCCUCCCGGAGGUGAUGGAGGACAAGGAGCGGGAAGACGAUAACUACCCGUAUUCUCCUUGGCAUCCUCUGUAUGACCCUUCCGUUGUCGAUGAAGCGGACGACCAUCCGAGCGCUCGCUGGGUGGGCCGCACGGCACGUUCCUCGGACCCCUCCAAAUCUCAACCGAAAGGCUCGGCUAAGAAAAAGAAGAGGAAGAAGAAAGAAAAGGACGACGCCGAGGACGCCGUGAAGGGAGAUGGAAGAGGCCGAGGUAAAAACAAGCAGCCCAAGCAGAGCAGCAGGGACUGCCGCGUAGAGAAACGAGAGAUGAAAGUCCGCGAUCUGGGACUCGGCUUCGACUCGGAUGAGAUCGUCCUCUUCAAGUUUUGUGUGGGCUCCUGCCAGUCUUCCAGGACUAACUAUGACCUGGCGCUGAAAGCCCUGCUGCAGAACGGCUCGCUCCCGCGACGCACCUCCCGCAAGGUCAGCAACCACCCAUGUUGUCGACCCGAACGCUACGAGCCCGUGUCCUUCAUGGACGCUCAGACCACAUGGAGGACCAUCCAGUCCUUAUCUGCCGCGAGCUGCGUUUGUAUGGGCUGAAGGAGCCCAGUCCUCUCCAGUGAUUGGACACAUGGGAGGAGUUUAAAAAAAUGCACCAAAGACUCACGAAGCAGGAAGUGAUGGAGUCACUUCCUGUUUUUUUUUCCCCUGUCCUGGAGGACGCGGUCUGGGUGCAGCCCAUUACUAGACCAGUGUUUCCCAACCUGUAUUGAGCCGAGGCACUCCUUUUAUCUAAAAGAAAUGUCACAAAAAGUGUAUAUGAAGGGUCAUUAUACCUUCUGCCAUCCUGUGGAAGAGCAUUCUAUGCUUCUGCCGGUAACUAUAUGUCACUGGCAAAAAUAGAUGAACAAUACAGUACAUGUAGAAAAAUUAAUCAUAAAUUCCUGAUGAUCUCUCACAGCACACAGGUUGGGAAUUAUUGGACUUGGGGGGGCAAAGGUCACAAGCAAAGCCAAAGAGGAGGCUUUGGAAAGCUACUUGAGCAUUUAUCCAAUAUCCUUGAAAUCCAGGAAUAAGGUCCAUGUACUAGUCCACGAGUAAGACAAUUUAGUAGAACGACUAGGGCGCACUACUAGUAAAACUGUAGUAGUUACUAGUGCUUGGCAAUACUGUAUGACAGUAGUGCACUAGAAUGACAUCUACAGUUGUACAGGAAAGUUACUUUUGAGGCAAAAAGGUGCGCUACGAUUCCAUAUAAAUGCUCAAACGGCCAUUUGAACAUGUAUUCAAUAUCCUUGAUAUCCAGCUUCAGGUUAGCAUGACAACAAGUAAGACCAUUUAGCGCUCUAUUAGAACGACUAAGGAGCACUAGUAUGACAACUA